GCGCCGGACGAUGGCAGCGCGACAGGGCAGGUCGGGUCCGGACGCCGCGGCCGAUGCUGCUACCAGCUUUCUGAGGGCAGCAAGAUCAGGUAACUUGGACAAAGCUUUGGAUCACCUGCGGAAUGGGGUAGACAUUAACACCUGCAACCAGAAUGGGCUGAACGGCUUGCAUCUGGCCUCUAAAGAAGGCCAUGUGAAGAUGGUGGUUGAACUUCUGCACAAAGAGAUCAUCCUGGAAACAACAACCAAGAAGGGGAACACGGCGCUGCACAUCGCCGCCCUGGCGGGUCAGGACCAGGUGGUGCGGGAGCUCGUCAACUACGGCGCCAAUGUCAACGCCCAGUCGCAGAAAGGCUUUACCCCCCUGUACAUGGCAGCACAAGAGAAUCACCUGGAGGUAGUUAAGUUUUUGCUGGAAAACGGAGCUAAUCAGAACGUCGCCACAGAAGACGGCUUCACCCCUCUGGCCGUGGCCCUGCAGCAGGGCCACGAGAACGUGGUAGCGCAUCUCAUCAACUACGGGACGAAGGGGAAGGUGCGCCUGCCGGCCCUCCACAUCGCGGCCCGCAACGACGACACGCGGACGGCUGCGGUGCUGCUGCAGAACGACCCCAAUCCCGACGUGCUUUCCAAGACGGGAUUCACCCCCCUUCACAUCGCAGCCCAUUACGAGAACCUCAACGUCGCCCAGCUGCUCCUGAACCGGGGAGCCAGCGUCAACUUCACCCCCCAGAACGGCAUCACGCCGCUGCACAUCGCCUCGCGCAGGGGGAACGUGAUCAUGGUGCGGCUUCUGCUGGACCGCGGGGCCCAGAUUGAAACAAGGACCAAGGAUGAACUGACACCUCUCCACUGUGCAGCUCGGAAUGGGCACCUGCGAAUCUCAGAGAUCCUGCUGGACCACGGGGCACCCAUCCAAGCCAAAACCAAGAAUGGCCUGUCCCCUAUCCACAUGGCGGCUCAGGGAGACCACCUCGACUGUGUCCGACUCCUACUGCAAUACAACGCAGAGAUAGACGACAUCACCCUGGACCACCUGACCCCGCUCCACGUGGCCGCCCACUGCGGCCACCACAGGGUGGCCAAGGUCCUUUUGGAUAAAGGGGCCAAACCCAACUCCAGAGCCCUGAACGGCUUUACCCCUUUACACAUCGCCUGCAAGAAGAACCACAUCCGUGUCAUGGAGCUGCUGCUGAAGACGGGGGCCUCCAUCGAUGCUGUCACCGAGUCUGGCCUGACACCUCUCCACGUGGCCUCCUUCAUGGGGCACCUGCCCAUCGUGAAGAGCCUGCUGCAGCGGGAAGCGUCGCCCAAUGUCUCCAACGUGAAAGUGGAGACCCCACUACACAUGGCAGCCAGAGCAGGACACACGGAAGUGGCCAAAUAUUUGCUCCAGCACAAAGCCAAAGUCAAUGCCAAGGCCAAGGAUGACCAGACCCCACUUCACUGUGCAGCUCGCAUCGGCCACGCAAACAUGGUGAAGCUCCUGCUGGAAAAUAAUGCCAACCCCAACCUGGCCACCACGGCCGGGCACACCCCCCUGCACAUCUCGGCCCGUGAGGGCCACGUGGAAACGGCACUGGCACUUCUGGACAAGGAGGCGUCCCAAGCGUGCAUGACCAAGAAAGGAUUUACCCCUCUCCAUGUGGCGGCCAAGUACGGGAAGGUGCGCGUGGCAGAGCUGCUGCUGGAGCGGGACGCACAUCCCAACGCUGCCGGGAAGAAUGGCCUGACGCCCCUGCACGUGGCCGUGCACCACAACCACCUGGACAUCGUCAAGCUGCUGCUGCCCCGGGGCGGCUCCCCGCACAGCCCGGCCUGGAACGGCUACACCCCUCUGCACCUCGCCGCCAAGCAGAACCAGAUGGAGGUGGCCCGCAGCCUGCUGCAGUACGGGGGCUCGGCGAACGCGGAGUCCGUGCAAGGCGUGACGCCCCUCCACCUGGCGGCCCAGGAGGGUCACGCGGAGAUGGUGGCUCUCCUGCUCUCCAGACAGGCCAACGGCAACCUGGGCAACAAGAGUGGACUCACUCCCCUCCAUCUGGUCGCACAAGAAGGCCACGUUCCAGUGGCAGACGUGCUGAUCAAACAUGGUGUCACGGUGGACGCCACCACCCGGAUGGGUUACACUCCUCUCCACGUGGCCAGUCAUUAUGGGAACAUCAAGCUGGUGAAGUUCCUGCUGCAGCACCAGGCAGACGUCAAUGCCAAGACUAAGCUCGGAUACAGCCCCUUGCACCAGGCAGCUCAACAGGGCCACACAGACAUCGUGACACUGCUCCUCAAAAAUGGUGCUUCCCCAAACGAGGUCAGCUCGAAUGGAACCACCCCUCUGGCCAUAGCCAAGCGCUUGGGCUACAUUUCUGUAACGGACGUGCUCAAGGUUGUCACGGAUGAAACCGGUGUCGUGUUGGUCAGUGACAAGCACCGGAUGAGCUUCCCCGAGACGGUGGAUGAGAUCCUGGACGUCUCUGAAGAUGAAGGAACUGCUCAUAUAACUAUAUUGGGGGAAGAACUUGUUGGCUUCAAGGCUGAGAAGCAGGAUGCCAGGGAUGUAGAUGAAGAGAGAGAGCUGCUGGAUUUUGUGCCAAAGCUGGACCAAGUAGUGGAAUCCCCACCCAUCCCGCGGAUUCCUUGCGUCACACCUGAGACCGUGGUGAUCAAGUCUGAAGAGCCAGAACAGGCCUGGAAGGAGUAUGACGAAGACUCCCUGGUCCCCAGCAGCCCGGCCACGGAGACCUCGGACAACGUCAGUCCGGUGGCCAGCCCCGUGCACACAGGGUUCCUGGUGAGCUUCAUGGUGGACGCCCGCGGGGGCUCCAUGCGGGGCAGCCGGCACAACGGCCUGAGGGUGGUGGUCCCGCCCCGGGCGUGCGCGGCGCCCACCCGCAUCACCUGCCGCCUGGUGAAGCCCCAGAAGCUCCCCGUGCCGCCCCCGCUGGCCGAGGAGGAGGGCCUGGCCAGCAGGGUCAUCGCGCUGGGGCCCACGGGGGCCCAGUUCCUGAGCCCUGUCAUCGUGGAGAUCCCCCACUUCGCCUCCCAAGGCCGUGGGGACCGCGAGCUCAUGGUGCUGCGGAGUGAAAAUGGCUCCGUGUGGAAGGAACACAAGAGCCGGUACGGAGAAAGCUACCUGGAUCAGCUUCUUAAUGGGAUGGACGAAGAGCUGGGGAGCCUGGAGGAGCUGGAGAAGAAGAGGGUCUGUCGCAUCGUCACCACCGACUUCCCCUUGUACUUCGUGAUCAUGUCGCGGCUCUACCAGGACUCUGACACCAUCGGCCCUGAGGGCGGCUCCCUGAAGAGCAAGCUGGUCCCCCUGGUGCAGGCCACCUUCCCAGAAAAUGCUGUCACCAAGAAAGUGAAGCUGGCCUUGCAGGCCCAGCCUGUACCCGAUGAGCUGGUCACCAAACUCCUGGGCAACCAGGCCACGUUCAGCCCCAUCGUCACCGUGGAGCCGAGGCGCCGCAAGUUCCACCGCCCCAUCGGGCUUCGGAUCCCGCUCCCUCCCUCCUGGACGGACAAUCCGAGGGACAGCGGGGAGGGAGACACCACCAGCCUGCGGCUGCUCUGCAGUGUCAUUGGAGGAACAGACCAGGCCCAGUGGGAAGACAUCACGGGGACCACCAAGCUCAUGUACGCCAACGAGUGCGCCACCUUCACCACCAACGUGUCUGCCCGGUUCUGGCUGUCGGACUGUCCCCGGACGGCUGAGGCCGUGAACUUCGCCACGCUGCUGUACAAGGAGCUCACGGCGGUGCCCUACAUGGCCAAGUUUGUCAUUUUUGCCAAGAUGAACGACCCCCGAGAAGGGCGUCUGCGCUGCUACUGCAUGACGGACGACAAGGUGGACAAGACUCUGGAGCAGCACGAGAACUUCGUGGAGGUGGCCCGGAGCAGGGACAUCGAGGUUUUGGAAGGAAUGCCCCUCUUUGCAGAGCUCUCCGGGAACCUGGUGCCCGUCAAGAAGGCCGCCCAGCAGCGAAGUUUCCUCUUCCAGUCGUUCCGGGAGAACCGGUUGGCCAUUCCCGUCAAGGUGAGGGACAGCAGUAGAGAACCAGCAGGGUCCUUGUCAUUCCUGCGCAAGGCGAUGAAGUACGAGGACACGCAGCACGUCCUCUGUCACCUGAACAUCACCAUGCCGCCCUGCACCAAGGGCAGUGGAGCCGAUGAACGCAGGAGGACCCUGACGCCACUGGCCCUGAGAUACAGCAUUCUCAGCGAGUCCACACUGGGUUUCCUCAGUGGUACAGACCCGGCCGAGAAGAUGGCUAUUAUAUCAGAGCACCUGGGCCUCAGCUGGGCCGAGCUGGCCCGGGAACUGCAGUUCAGCGUGGAAGACAUCAACAGGAUCCGCGUGGAGAACCCCAACUCCUUGCUGGAGCAGAGCGUGGCCUUGCUGAACCUCUGGGUCACCCGUGAAGGCCAAGACAUAAAGAUGGAGAACCUUUACACAGCCCUGCGGAACAUCGACCGCGGCGAGAUCGUGAACAUGCUGGAGGGUUCGGGCAGGCAGGGUCGCAACCUGAAGCCCGACCGCCGGCCCACGGACCGGGACUACUCGUCGUCCCCCUCCCAGAUGAAUGGUUACUCCUCGCUGCAGGACGAGCUGCUCUCCCCCGCCUCCCUGCACUACGCGCUCCCCUCUCCGCUGCGCGCAGACCAGUACUGGAACGAGGUGGCCGUCCUAGACGCCAUCCCCCUGGCGGGCACGGAGCAUGACGCCAUGCUGGAGAUGUCUGACAUGCAGGUGUGGUCCGCGGGCCUCCUGCCCUCGCUGGUCACUGCUGAGGACUCCUCUCUGGAGUACAGCAAGGCCGAGGACUCGGACGCCACCGGCCACGAGUGGAAGCUGGAGGGGGCGCUGUCCGAGGAACCCCAGGGUCCCACGCGGGGCUCUCUGGACCUCGUGGAGGAUGACACGGUGGACUCAGAUGCCACAAAUGGCCUUAUCGAUUUGCUUGACCAGGAGGAAGGUCAGAGGUCAGAAGAGACGCUGCCAGGUCAUGAGAGGCAGGAGGACGUGACAGGUGCAGGGCAGGACUCAGAGAAUGAAGUGUCUCUUGUUUCAGGCGAGCUGAGGGAACAAGCCCGCAUCACAGAAUCCCCCACCGUGAGUCGGGUGACGGACUCGAGCCAGGACAGACCGCAGGACUGGGAUGCAGAAGGCUCUAUCACCUCCUACCUACAAGAGGCUGCACCAGGAUCUGGGGCAGAGGAGGCCCUGCAAGGCCCACACUCAUUCCAGAGAACGGUCAGCUGGGCUUGGGAAGGCAAGGAGGUCCUGAAGUCUGCCCCCGAGCACACACACGUGGAGCAGCCUGAGGCCGAGAGGGAACGGAGACCACGGGACCCCCAAGAGUGGAUGCAGGAGGCUGACAGCACCGUCUCCCUCCAGGGCAGUGAGCUUCAGAAUAUUCCAGGGGAGCAGGUGACAGAGGAGCAUUUCACGGAUGAGCAGGGCAACGUCGUCACCAAGAAGAUCAUCCGCAAAGUCGUUCGCCAGAUAGACGCAUCUGGAGCCGAUGACACCCAGGAGCUCGAGGAGGUGAUUUCGGAGGGGCCCCUGGAAGACCCUAGUGAGAUGGAGACCGAUAUUGAUUCCUUUAUGACUCACGCCAAGGUGGAGCUGAGAGGGAGUGGCCUGCAGCCGGACCUGAUAGAGGGAAGGAAGGGGGCUCAGAUAGUGAAACGGGCCAGCCUCAAAAGGGGGAAACAGUGAUCUCGAGCCCCUCCCUGUGGAAAGGCCUCUUUGGAGGAUCACACCUCGACACCCAACCCUUGAACUCCACACACUCUGCCACGCACCCGGGAGGAGAGCUGGACCGGAGGCCCCGGAAGCCGCGCACGCGUCCCUGGAGGCUGACGGCAUGACCUCUGUAAGGGACUUCCUUUAGUCACCUAUCCGCUGUAGACGCAUGACCUACAGUCCUCAACCCCGCCUCUAGUGACGGUGACCUCUGUCGGGAAUCAGGACAGAAGCAGCAAGGGGGGAGAGAGAGAGAGGGCCGCACAACAAGCGCAGGAGAGCACCGAACCCAACAGCAAACACGGGCUCUUCUGUGGCUGGGAGGAGAUAUUUUUUUAAAUCAUUUCAAUUUUGACUUGUUACAGGGUACUUUUUUUUCAGCCUCAUCUAUAAAAAAUCCAUGUGAGCUUCCUGGAAAGGAAAGAAAAAAGAAAAAAAAUUAGGCAUGAAAUCAGUUCCACACCUUAAGCCCCUACCCUCGUCCCCCAGCCUCCCCCACCAACACACAUCCAUGCUCCAUGCGUGACCAUCCCCGCCGCUCCCGCGUGGACCGAACCUUCCAGAACGCUCUACAUGGCAUGAGGACACACACACACACACACACACACACACACCUCUCUCUCCCCUCUGCUCAGUAUACACACAGAUUUUACUGUGACGUCCGAAGCUGUAUAGACUCUCCUGUGGAUAAACUGGAAUUUUUUUAUGUUGUCUCUCUCUCUCUCUCUCUCUGCCAGUUUCAGUAUUAAUCAUCUUCCAAUGGAAAAUCAUUACCUUCAGAGUGUAUUCGGGGUUCCCUGUGUUAGGGACUUAAGGCUCUGAGGCGAGGACCCCCAGGCUUAGCUGUAGGGCUGCAACCAAGCCAGUGCCCCAUCCGGAAGGGUCUUUGCUCUCAGCUGGGGGAGGGCCGGUGGCUGUCCCAGGAUUGCACCAGCAUGUUCAAUAGAGAAGAGGUUUUCUAUAUCUUCAAGCACUUAUAUCAUAGUCUGUGUUCAAAGUGUAAACUGUACAGUAAUCAGCCUUGUGUAUAUGAAAAACAAUAAAUACUAUGCAAACCAA